AUGCAUAGAGAGGCACUUUGUCAGCACAUCAGACUACAGCCCGGUAGAAAAUACAUCAAGGGCCCAACUACGAUCACAUUACCUUUCCGAUUUUACACUACGAAUAUCCCCACAAAUGAUCCAUCCACUGAUACAAAGAAAAAAGGCUACUUUGCGCGCGCCAAGGAAAUGGCGAUAUUUUAUAAGAAUGGAAUAAAGCAGCUUUUCGCAAAUUACAGAUUAUCCGCUGCUCUGGUACGAAAAUUUCGCAAAGAGUUUUCCGAUUUGAAUCGGAGAGAAAUUCAACUGAUCAGGACAACGCGGAGAGAUAUGAAACGGUUACUUCCAUUUGGUCUGAUGUUAAUUAUCAUUCCGGAAGCUAUACCGUUUGUCAUCUAUUUUGCACCGGGGUUGAUACCAAGCACGUGUAUUCUACCUGCACAAUUGGAAAAGCGUAGACGGAAAAUCCAUGAAACUCGACAGGCUAUAUACGAUAAAAUGCUUGCAAUAUCAGAUGGUGGGAUAGCCAGAAGAGAUUUCCAAGACAUAUCAAGCGUCGUACGAUUGAGUCGUCAGAUAGGCGAUAAACUAUAUUUCGCGAAAUUUCCCAGGCAGCUCUUGGUUGACUUUUGCAGGUUUAUGGGAUUGAGUCGGUUUGGUACAAAGAAGAUGCUAAAACGUAGAUUAGAGAAUCAUCUCGAUUACCUGUUUGGCGAUGACAUGCUAAUUGCAAAGGAAGGAAUAAAAACAUUGACACUCGAUGAACUUAGGCAAGCAAGUGAGGAACGAGGAAUUAAAUCUAUUGACGUUCCCGAUAACCACUUGCGCUUAGCGCUAAAACAUUGGAUCACAUUGCAUUUGCAUCAGAACCCAGAAAUACAGGAUGAACUACUACUAUUCAGUAGGACACUCUUGUACAAUGCAAAAUAUCAACAACGAAACUCGGACGUAAUUGCCACGACCUGA